UCGUCACUUCCUGCCAGUACCGGUGUGGACGGUGCGGGUCGUGGCUGCCGGUUCUCCGGUUUUCCCCCUCCCCUACUUUCCUCCCUCCCUCCCUUUCCCUCCCUUGGCGGCUGUCCGUCGCCCGUCGCAGACUCCCUGACCCAUCCCCAACCCUUUCCUGACCUCGGUGCUACCCGAUUGGCCUCUUUUUCUUGUUUCUUGGCCCAGCCCCAGCCCCCAGUGUCAGGGCGGGGGCCUUGAGCCAGAGGCUCUGCGGCAGAGGAAGGAAAAGACAAGACGACCCUCGUCUCCACAGCCGGAUCGCUCGGUUCGCCGCCGCCAUGGCAAUGAGGCAGACGCCGCUCACCUGCUCGGGCCACACGCGGCCUGUGGUCGAUUUGGCCUUCAGUGGCAUCACGCCCUAUGGCUAUUUCUUAAUCAGCGCUUGCAAAGACGGGAAACCUAUGCUACGCCAGGGAGAUACCGGAGACUGGAUUGGAACAUUUUUGGGUCAUAAGGGUGCUGUUUGGGGCGCGACAUUGAAUAAGGAUGCCACCAAAGCAGCUACAGCAGCUGCAGAUUUCACUGCCAAAGUGUGGGAUGCUGUCUCAGGAGAUGAAUUGAUGACCCUGGCUCAUAAACACAUUGUCAAGACUGUGGAUUUUACGCAGGAUAGUAAUUACUUGUUAACCGGGGGACAGGAUAAACUGUUACGCAUAUAUGAUUUGAACAAGCCUGAAGCAGAACCUAAGGAAAUCAGUGGUCACACCUCUGGUAUUAAAAAAGCUCUGUGGUGCAGUGAGGAUAAACAGAUUCUUUCAGCUGAUGAUAAAACUGUCCGCCUUUGGGAUCAUGCUACCAUGACAGAAGUGAAAUCUCUAAAUUUUAAUAUGUCUGUUAGCAGUAUGGAAUAUAUUCCUGAGGGAGAGAUCUUGGUAAUAACCUAUGGACGAUCUAUUGCUUUUCAUAGUGCAGUAAGUUUGGACCCAAUUAAGUCCUUUGAAGCUCCUGCAACCAUCAAUUCUGCAUCUCUUCAUCCUGAGAAAGAAUUUCUUGUUGCAGGUGGUGAAGACUUUAAACUUUAUAAGUAUGAUUAUAAUAGUGGAGAAGAAUUAGAAUCCUACAAAGGACACUUUGGUCCUAUUCACUGUGUGAGAUUUAGUCCUGAUGGAGAACUCUAUGCCAGUGGUUCUGAAGAUGGAACAUUGAGACUAUGGCAAACUGUGGUAGGAAAAACAUACGGCCUUUGGAAAUGUGUACUUCCUGAAGAAGAUAGUGGUGAGCUGGCAAAGCCAAAGAUCAGUUUUCCAGAGACAACAGAAGAGGAGCUAGAAGAAAUUGCCUCAGAGAAUUCAGAUUCCAUCUAUAGUUCAACUCCUGAAGUGAAGGCCUGAGCAUUGGGCAUAUGCCACAGAUAAUGUACAAGUUAUGGACUAAAACAAGCAAGCAGAGAAAACAUCAGCCUCCCAGAGUUACUCUCUGCUUAAGGCAAACAUGAGCAGUAAAUAAUGGGGAAUGUGAAUUAGCUCCAGUGCUGGAACUAACUUGGUGUAACCUGUACGUGAAAAGGCAAGAGUAUCAGAUGAAGGCAGGUGGAAUUAGGCUCUUGUGGUAUGAUGGCCUGUUGUCUUUUUAAUGAAUAUGUGCAAGCCAACAUCCAAUUUCUCUUAUUACAAUUAGAUUUCUUGUAGCUGUUUAUGUUAUUAUGGAGAAGAAAAAUAUAUUGGCCUAUUUUUCUGACUUUUCCCUUAAAGCAGAAAGCCUUUUUUUUUUUUUUUUUUUUUUGCUUUAGUUGUAAAGAAGAGGGAAUACAUGAUAAAGUAAUUGGUUUGAUUUCUCUUUCAUUGUACAUUGCUUCUGAAUAUCUAAUUGUUUUAGUUGUCUAAAUAAAAUGCCUCUAAACAAAACAGUGUUUGUUU